AUGAACCGCAAAGAAAUUUUUGAGCUGACUGUUGACGGUCUGAAGGAAAGGUUAGGUGAUUUAGGGCUAUCGCCUAUUGGACGGAAAGCGACACUACAAGACAGACUGAUGGAGCAUUUCUGCCUGACUGUGAGUGACGGUUCCGAAACUGAUGUGGAAGAGGUAGCAAGCCAACGAAGUGUGCGUGAGGUUAGAGUCGAAUACCACAACUUUACUCUCCGAGAUGUUGAGGACUCAAUGACUUCGUUUAAGGGAACAGGUCGUCCAAGUUUCGAACAAUGGCUUGAGGAUUUUGAGGCAAACGCAUCAGCAGUGCAUUGGAACGAGCUGCAGAAAUUCAUCUACGCAAAACAACUGUUGAAGGGUGCGGCAAAGAUUUUUAUAAGAAGCCAAAGAGGAAUAAGCAGUUGGAGUUCACUAAAACUAGCGCUACGGCAGGAAUUUGGUAUGGCAUUAUUAUCGAUUGAAGUACACCGUACUUUAUGUAGUCGUCGGAAGCGACAUGGGGAAGAUCUUCGAGAAUAUUUAUACGUUUUAAUGGAGUUGGAGAAACCGUUAGGGCUAGAUGACUCAAGCCUAAUAGAAUAUUUCAUCGAAGGCAUACCGGACUCAAGGUCGAACAAAAGUAACCUAUACCAGGAGAAAACUAUACAGGAUUUGAAGGAGCAGAUCAAGAUGUACGAAAAGAUUCGUUACAGCCAGUCACAACCCGUGAAUGGGAACCAGGAGAAGGCAUCGUCGUCAAACAAGGAUUUCCAGAAAGCAGUUCCAUUUAGCAGGAAAUGUUUUGUCUGCGGGAAUUCAUCACAUCUCGCUAGAAGCUGUCCACGCAAUAAGACAUCGUGUUACAAUUGCGGUAAAGAGGGUCAUCGUGCAGCUUACUGUAAGGCAGGAAGGAAAACUCCGAAAUCGGAAUAAAGCAGCGUCAAUAAUAUGACGGAUGAAGGAGAAAUCGGAGAAGCGGAGUGGAUUGAUUUUUUAAGCAUGCAAGUUUCAACGGAAAAUCUGCGUCGGCAUUAAUUGAGACAGGUAGCGACUUAUGCAAUAUACGUUACGAUACGUUAAACACACUUAGUCCGGAUGUUGACUUAAGUAGUGAACAGCGACAGUUGAUGCGUAUCGGUACCAGCAAACUUACAACAAUAGGUUGCUUUACCACAUCCAUCGAGAUAGACAACAUAAAGUUGGAAGUAAAAUUUCACGUAGUGAGAGAGCGGGACAUCAAAUAUGCGCUCGCGAUUGUUAACGACGUUCUGAGACAAGUUUGUUUAUUCGUUACGGAAGAUGGCGCCGAGUUCAGGCAAAAGAAAGUGGAGGAAAAGCCUCAGAGCA